AUGACGGAGGCGCCAGCGACCGCGCGCUACGGAGGCCGCACAAAGGUGGUCCUCUUCGGCGACUCCAUCACGCAGUACUCUUUCCACGCUGGCGGCUGGGGGCAGCGCCUGACCGAGUACUUCAGCCGUCGAGCGGACGUCUUGAACCGUGGAUUUGCGGGCUACAACACGCUGUACGCCCACCUUGCGCUGCAGCGCCUGCUCCCCGGCGAGCUCUCCGACGCGGCGCUCUGGACUGUCGGGCUGGGCGCAAACGACUCGAUGCUGCCAGGCUCUGAAGUCCACCUGCCGGCCAGCGAGUAUGAGGCGAAUCUGCGUGCAAUCCUCGGCAGGAUCCAGACGGCGUCCGGAGGUCGCGCCGCAAUCAUUGUUAUCGGACCGCCACCCAAGGUGGACGAUCAAGAGGCCGGUCAGAGCAGUGCGAGUUCGGCCGAGUACGCUGAGAUCGCCAGUCGCUGCGCCGCAGCGUACGGAGCCGAGUUUCUCGACAUGCACGCAGCGAUGAGCUCGACGGGCAGGCCGUUUAGCGACUUUAGCCACGACGGGGUCCACUACAACACCGCCGGCAACGCGUUUGCCUUUGAGCGGAUCAGGGGCGUGAUCGACACCAGACUCCCUCAACUCGCCGUCCCCCGUGAUCCAGUGACGGGCAGGUACGACUUGCCAAACGCGUCACCCCUCCCGUGCGAGAUGCCUGGCAUCAUGGAGCUGAUUGACCACGCCAACCCGGCGGCAGUGUUUACGCCGCUGGAGCCGGCAUCGGCGGCGGCAGUGGCGGCACAUGCAACACUGCCAAGCUUGUGGCAGACACCGCCGCCCUGGCGGACGGCGCUAGUCUCUGCCGUGCUGGGAGCAGCCGCAGCAACAGCUGCCAUUAUGCGUGUGGCGUCGAUCAAGUUUAGAGUGUAG